UUAGCAAAAUUAUAUAUAUAUAUAUCUUUAUAUAUUAAAAGUGCCUAUGUAACGGCAAUUCUUGGUUUAACAGAAUAUGCUUUACAAAUAAAAGAAUAUUCUGUUAAAUUUAACCCCACAAAGAAUCGUCCACGCUUUCUCACUCACAAUUAAUCGUUUUCUCAAAGGUUUCUCUCUCACGCAGCUGGAGUACACCAUUCUCUUAUGGAAAAUCUUUCAAAGGUUUCUCACGCAUAAUGUUCAUAAUAUGUUUUCUCACGCAUAAUGGUCAAAGAUAUUGGAUAUGGGUCUUUGGAAGAAGGACCAGUGAUCUUGUGAACCCAGAAAGCGAUCUUCGAUGUGGUGAUUGGAUUGUCGGAUUUGGGUUAGUGUAAUUUUUUUUUUUAGGGGGAUUUAGUUUUUCUGUGACGAAAAGUGAAAAAUGAACGGUGGCGAUGAGGUCGUGGCAGCUCCGUCGGGCCCUCCACAAGCGUUGGAUUGGAAAUUCUCUCAGGUAUUUGGAGAGCGUGCUGCUGGUGAAGAAGUUCAGGAAGAUUGAGGUUUAUUGAAGUUUAGGAGGCUCCACCUCUUCUUCAUCGAGUUAUGGCCCGUUUUGGAAGUAAAAAGAAAAAGGGGUUUGUGAAACCCAUUAUGAAGAAGAAUCAGGCUACUGUGGAUCAUAUCACAGGGGAUAAGAUUCCAAAGAGCUUUGUUUUUGCUAGAGGUAAAUUGCCCGGUCCUCUCAGGAUGCUUCAAAUGGAUUUGAGAAAGCUCAUGCUUCCUUAUACUGCUCUCAAGCUUCGGGCAGCAUUAAAGUUACAAAAAGUUUACAAAAGUUUCCGAACCAGGAGGCGGCUGGCAGAUUGUGCUGUUCUUGUUGAGCAAAGAUGGUGGAAGCUGCUAGAUUUUGCUGAACUCAAACGGAGUUCAAUAUCAUUUUUUGACAUUGAGAAACAUGAAACUGCUGUUUCACGCUGGUCCAGAGCAAGGACCAGGGCUGCCAAGGUAGGGAAAGGUUUGUCUAAGGAUGAAAAGGCUCGCAAACUCGCGUUACAGCAUUGGCUUGAGGCAAUAGACCCUCGACAUCGUUAUGGUCAUAAUCUUCAAUUCUAUUAUGCCAAAUGGCUUCAUUGUGAAAGUGGGCAGCCUUUUUUCUAUUGGCUUGAUAUAGGAGAAUUCAGCCAAUAUUUCUAUAAGUUGUUUGUCCAAAAAACUACGAAGCAAUUAUCAGCCAAAAAAUGGAGAAUUCAGUUGUACGUAGAUGCAAACCGAACAAUGACUUCAAAGUACAAUCAGUUCACCAUUCAAGCAGUUGAACCAAUGGAAAAUUAGGAAGAAGUUACCUUUUUUUUUUUUUUUUUACAGUAAUUUUAUUUUAUUUAGUGUUGAGACUUUUCUUGCUGCUGAGCUUGUUUUUCUUUCUCUUGACUUGUUAUUUAUGGAUUUACAUGGAGUAGUGUAUGCAAGUAUUUCAUAUACCCAAUUUUCUAAAAGUAAAUAAUAAGUAUUAUUUUAUUAUGAUUUA